AGAGAGGAGAGAUUAUCCCAGCAGAUUUGCACUUGUGAACUCAUUGAAACUCAGGUCAGAUAACGUGGGACAGAGAGAGAGAGAGAGAGAGAGAGACACUGUAAAUGAAAAGACAGAUAGGAUAGAGAGAGUCACAUGAACAUGAAGGAAUGAGAGAAAUAAUGAGGAAGAGGAAUGAGACAAACAGCAGAGCAAAAGAGGGAAAAGGGAGGAUGAAAUGGAAAGGGAGAGGCUGGCUCCCCGAUCUCCCAGCUGCAGUUGAUUACCGGCACACCUGUUCUCCAUCAUCAUCAAUUGCAGCAGUUUAUCUACUGGGCUCAUCCAUGCUUCCGGCGCCAGAUCGUCCUCCAUACAUCCACUCUCGCUCUACCGGUGACCAUUGCCUCAGUCUGCUCUUCCAAUCAUCUGGACCUCAACUACCACGCCACUCUCGCCAUCCAGCUGGUCUCUGCCUCCGGACACUGCCGGUCAAACACACCACACGCCCGGCUCCAAUGAUCUUCCGCCUGGUCGGUUCUGCCUCCCCACUACGCUUGCCAGCACGGAGACAGCUCGCCUCGUCUCCGUCCAGAGUGCCGUCAGUCACAUCUCCGACUCUGCCCAGUCGGAUCCACGGGGAGGCCACGUGUGACGCCGGAAAGGACAAAGUCAGAACAGACGCUCACACCACGUGGCCACCACAACCGAACGUCAUCAGCUUGAUUAUAGAAGGAAGGAUCCAGAAGGAGCAGAAGAAGCCGAAGUCACCCCGCGGGACCGACACCGCAUUCGGAAACAUGGAGCUCCGGAGUUUCAUCCAGGACCGAUCGCCCACCGAGUGCCUCAGAGAAAUGGCACUUCUUCUCCUCUCCUCUUCCCUCCAGGGCAACGCCUGACCUACUCAGCUAAAACAACAGAUACUUUUCCUGUGAUGUGGGAUUUGAUGCUUUAGCUUAAUAAGAACAAUUAGGAAACGUAGAUCGAAAUUAGGAUCUCACAUCAACAUAGGUAUGAGCUAAAUUACUUCAGGUGAUUUAAUAAUUCCUAGUAAUAAUCUCCCUUGACUUUCCAAAACUUGUCAGUUGCUGAACAGGGCCUAGUUUAUUUCACUGGUAACUAUUAAAAUGUGUCCACAUAGUGGUUUCCCGUGUUUAAACUAGUUAAGACCGCUUGCCAAAAUAAGCAUUUACUGCAUCAUCUGGUGUCAAAUGGUCAUUCAUUAAUUUAUUGAUUAUUCAUCGCUGUGUUCAUAUCAUUUAUUCAUUCAUGGUUACAUUUAUCCUUUUAUUUGUGUGUCUAGUACUUAUUAGUUAGUGUUUGUGUAGUCAUUAGUCCUUCACAGUGGUGGCUGAUGACUUCUGCUGAGGCUGAUUGAGGUUGAUGGAAUGAUGAGCUGAUAGAUCUGUGAAGACUGGGCAGUGGAGAUGGAGAGGCGAUAACAGUUGCAUGAAAGUACUGAAGGCAGAGAGACAAUCAUAUUUAAACUGAUGGUAAUAAGAUGAUAGGUUAACAAUGAAGGUGUGUUGCUGUGCUAUUGGAUAGAUGAGACCAGCUGAUGGAACAGCUGAUAUCCCGAUUUGUCAGCCCCAGAUAAUGACAGCAUGAAAUUUGAGUGAGCAUGCGUGAGAGUAGUGACUGGCCGGAUGGUAUGAGAAUUAACUACAACCUAAGCAUGCAGAAGUAUAGUCUUCCUCACUGAACGUUUGCUAGAGCUUCAUUAACCCUCUGGGGUCUGAGGGCAUCUUCUCAAUUGUACAUAUCUUAUGAAUUCACCUUUUAAAGGCACUUAACAGAACAUGAUACUUGUGUUUUUAUAUCAAAAUGUGCAGAAAAACCUCAGCUCUCUGUAUAAUGAGGCACCACUUGUUCUAGAGCAUUGUGUAAAGAGAUCAUUUUGCCCUAAACAUGAAAAGAUGAAGUCCGAUUUUUAAAAUUCUUCAAAUCUCUUGUGAAAACAUACUCAUAUGGACACAUUGUUUUGGUGCUUGAAAUGGGUUUACCAAAGUCUUAGGUUCACAAACGUAGUGGAAUAUAUGAAUAAAAUAGUAGAUAAAUGCAUAAUAAAUGUCUAAAAUGACAUUUUGUAAUAUCGUUUUUUGAGUACAAGUGUUGUCUGUGACUCUACUUUCUAAAUGUUAGAGGGACUGAGAUAAAAUGGGACGGAAUAAUGACUUCAUACAACCUAUCAAGCUUCAUGGGAUGUGUGCAAAUGAAAAAUUAUGAUUACAACUGUUUUUUUCUUAUAUAUAUAUAUAGAAAUCCACACUGAUAUAACACACUAUUUACAAUAUUUACAUAAUGUGCAUGUUUUCAUGUUUCACGUUCAAGUUCUUUUUCAAACCAAGAGCUAACCAAAGCCAAGACAAACAGCUUGAAUCCCUGUCAUCCCAGUUUUAGCCUUUGAGGCGACCAUUCUUUCAUCCACAACCACGUCUGUGUGAGGAUGAUAAAAUGUCUUGCACGCAUUCUUGAUGGUGUCCAUCAGGGGUUUUAGUCGGAAGAGUUUGUUAUGUGCCCUUUGUCAUUAUGGGCAUCCUCAUCAGGGUCGCUAAGAUGAAGGUUCCAAGAUUUUACUCUAUAUCUGUGAUGGAAGAGGCAAAGAAAAAAGAUGAUUCUGCCAUGGACAGAAGCUGCCCAAUGUACUUGUAAAAAUCCCCUGUAUUCAAGUCUGUCCAUUUGUAAUUUUUUCCUGUGCUAUUUGUUUAGCAGCCUGCUUGUUUGUGUGGUGACACAGUGUUUGUACUGUUUGAACAGGAAAAAAAAGUUUGAACAGGUCGAGGGGUUUAUAUGUGGAGGUGGAACUGAGCUGUGGCCCUGGUGUCCGCUCUGGUUAAACAUGGAGACAGGGGGAGCAGUGUCCAGGUCUCUGACUUCCAAGACAGUGGAGCUGGCUGCUGUGUAGGUGGGGCGCUGGUACAUGGGAAGCUGGUGGCUGUGGGGGAGGUGCUUGUGCUCGGGGGGCACGGGACAUCUUGGCAGGCCGGGCUGGUGAUGACGGCUGUGGUGGACGGGUUGGUGGUGACUUGGUGGCAGGUGAUGCUGCCUGUGGUUCAUUGGGCCCUGGCAGCGGUGAAUCCUUUCACAUUCAGUACAAAAUCACAAACAUAAAUAAAUACAAUUCUAUGAAAGACAAAGUCUCAUCUGUACAGAACAGUAUGAUAAAUUAGUCAAUGGCCAAAGCAUGUUUUCAAAGUGUGAAUGGAAGUGAAAAAAUAUUACAUUAGUUAUUACAUUAGCUUUCAAAAGGAGAUCACAUAGAUUAGCCUACAUGUGUGUGAUUUGGAUAAAGAGAUAGGUCAGAGAUACAGUACAUUAGUUUUGGGGAAUUUGACUGUUUUUCCCACUACCCAGUGUCAGAAACUACUACAUGCAUACAUAGGACAGACAUUUUUUAUGUAUUUGGUGUAGUCUGAAGUAAUGAAGUUGUUGAGUGUCUGUGGUAUCAUAUAACAUAAUCAUGAUCCAAGAAUUGCGCAAAACUAAGCAAGUAAAAUAAAUGGGGGUGAGGGGACGCCUUUUUCUUUUUCUGAGGAGAGGCCCAGCGUCUCAGACUUUGAAAACCUCUGAUAUAUACUAUUUAAAAGUGAACCUCACUUUUACAGAAAGAAAUAACUUAUACAGAGUAAACCUUUAGUAAUGGACAGUCAAUUUUGUCAAAGUUUGACUUACGUAACUUUUUUUCUGCCAAGAUGAUUUAGCUUAGCAUGAAGUGCACUAUUACUGUGAUAUUGCAACCAAGGUUUUUGUAAAAUAAAUACACUUACCCAUCUUCAAAUGGAUCCCUAUUAUUUUGGUAUUCCUCUUCAUCUUCAGAAUCAAACCCUUCAGGCUCUGAAACUCCUCCCUCAUUCUCAUCACUGCUCUCCAAAAUUACUGCUAAAACUUCGCUAACUGUGUACUUCUUCGCCAUUUUCUCUCCUUGUCUUCUUUUCUUAUGUGUGUUUUUUCUCAGACCUUCUCUAUCCUCUCCAUGUCAACUCAUUGAAAACUGCAGUGUUUUUCUGCAGUGUAAG